GGAAGGCGGACAUGUUGGUCAGGCUGUGGGAGAAAAUCGGGCAUCGGCUGUUUUUUUUAUAUUUUCGAAAAAUAACACAUCCAAAACUGACUUGUAUGUGUCUGAUCUGGGGAAAAAUCCGUAUGGACUGGUGACAAUCGACGGCGAGUGACAGUCGACGGCGUGCAGCGGAAGGACGACCGUUGAACGUUUUAACAAGACCGUGUUUUAAACUGCUCGAAAUUUGGAAGAAGCAGAAGUUUUUUUCGCCACUACUUCUACUUUGCAGCUGUCAGACUCGUUUGUCUUUUUUGCAACGGCCUGGCACCGAUAUGGAAACGGGCCUGGACUAAUCUUGCCACCUAUGAUGCUUUGCAAAUAGAUGUUACAUUUGAGUUUUAGUUGCCUUUUGUUUGGAUGCAUCAACAUUUUUAAACCCUUAUCCUCAGCGGCAUCCUGUGGAGGCUGACUAAUCUGUUGCCGCAUUUAUCUUUUGUAACUGAAGUUGUUGGCCAUUCACAAUGGAAAAACAUCUUUCGUUUUGAAAAAUGUGGCUUUUGCAUAUUCAACGCAACUUCAAACAAUUCGUUGUUUGUGAAAAGUCGAGAAGAAACACGUCUUUUCUUUGAAGUGUGGUUUAAAGUUCACACGAAGAAAGGGACAUUUGGCUAGCUAGCUGCCGCUGGCUGCUAAGCUAGCUAGUAUUCUGGCUCAUCAGUGAGCUGUUUUUUUUUUUUUUGUUCAUAGCCUAACUGUGGAGCUCAGUUUAACAGCAAAAAUGUCAGCUGGAGAAAGUUUGGAGGCACGGUUUGAAAAAAUCGAUGUCAUGUUGAAGGACCCCAAGUCAGAAAUAAACACGGAUUGUCUUCUGGAUGGCUUGGAUGCAUUGGUGUAUGACCUUGACUUUCCUGCCCUGAGGAAAAACAAGAGCAUUGACAACUUUCUGAAUAGAUAUAAGGACACCAUUAAUAAAAUCCGGGAUCUGCGCAUGAAAGCAGAAGACUAUGAGGUGGUUAAAGUUAUUGGGAGGGGAGCUUUUGGAGAGGUGCAGUUGGUAAGGCACAAAGCCACCAGAAAAGUAUAUGCCAUGAAGUUGUUGAGCAAGUUUGAGAUGAUCAAAAGGUCGGACUCUGCUUUCUUUUGGGAGGAGAGGGACAUCAUGGCUUUUGCCAACAGCGCCUGGGUAGUGCAGCUCUUUUUUGCAUUUCAGGACGACCGCUACCUCUACAUGGUGAUGGAAUAUAUGCCGGGUGGGGACUUGGUUAACUUAAUGAGCAACUACGAUGUCCCAGAGAAGUGGGCCCGCUUUUACACAGCAGAGGUGGUGCUGGCACUGGACGGGAUCCAUGCCAUGGGCUUCAUCCACAGGGACGUGAAGCCUGAUAACAUGUUGCUAGACAAGGCAGGCCACUUGAAGCUGGCAGACUUUGGGACCUGUAUGAAAAUGAACAAGGAUGGUAUGGUACGAUGUGACACAGCAGUGGGAACUCCAGACUACAUUUCGCCUGAGGUACUAAAAUCCCAAGGAGGGGACGGAUAUUAUGGCAGAGAAUGUGACUGGUGGUCAGUAGGAGUCUUCCUGUACGAAAUGCUUGUUGGCGACACUCCUUUCUAUGCCGACUCACUAGUGGGGACGUACAGCAAAAUUAUGAACCACAAGAACGCCCUGACCUUCCCCGAUGACAGCGACAUCUCCAAGGAUGCCAAGAAUCUCAUCUGUGCUUUCCUGACUGACAGGGAGGUUCGACUUGGCCGGAACGGUGUAGAUGAGAUCAAGAGACAUCCUUUCUUCAAGAAUGACCAGUGGACAUGGGAGAAUAUCAGAGAGACGGCUGCUCCAGUCGUGCCUGAACUGAGCAGUGACAUUGACACCAGUAACUUUGACGACAUUGAGGAGGAUCGGGGAGAGGAGGAGACCUUUCCCAUACCAAAGGCCUUUGUGGGCAACCAGCUCCCCUUUGUAGGCUUCACCUACUACAGCAGUCAGCAGCUUCUGCGCAGCUCCUCUACAAAGACCAGUGACAAACGCAGCAGCUCCACUAAGGAGGACAAGAGCCAUUUGGAGAACCUGCAGAAAAGGAUCUACCAGCUGGAGGAGCAGCUCCACACUGAGAUGCAGCUGAAGGAUGAGAUGGAGCAGAAAUGCCGGACCUCAAACACCAAGAUUGAAAAGAUCAUGAAAGAACUGGAUGAAGAGGCAAACCUGAGGAAGAGUGUAGAGGCCAGCAUGUCUCUGCUGGAGAAGGACAAGAUCAUGCUGCAGCACAGAUCUACCGAAUACCAAAGAAAAGCUGACCAGGAGGCAGAGAAGAGACGAAAUUUGGAAAAUGAGGUGUCAACUUUGAAGGAGCAGCUUGAGGAUAUGAGGAAGAUUAGUCAAAACUCUCAGGCCUCAAAUGACAAGAUUGCUCAGCUGCAGAAUCAGCUGGAGGAGGCCAAUGACCUGCUGCGGGCGGAGUCAGACACAGCGGCACGACUGAGGAAGAGCCACACAGAGAUGGCCAAGUCGAUGAGCCAAUUGGAGACCCUGAACCGUGAGCUGCAAGAAAAGAGCCGUGCUGUGGAUGGGGAGAAGGCCCAACUAGAGAAGGAGCUCUUGCUGCUUCAGAGCACUCUGGACUCAGAGAGGAGGAACUACAGCCAGGGCUCCGAGGAGAUCAGAGAGCUGCAAGCAAGGUUAGCAGGGCUGCAAGACGACAACAAGAACUUGAAAGUCAGCCUGUCCAAAGUGGAGGCAGAACGGAAACAGGCCCAGGAGAGGUGCAACAACCUGGAGAAGGAGAAGAACAACCUGGAGAUAGACCUGAAUUAUGAGCUGAAGACCUUGCAGCAGCGUCUGGAGCAGGAACAGACUGAACACGGUGUGACACGGGCGCAACUCACUGACAAAUAUGAGUCCAUCGAGGAGGCAAAGUCAGCUGCCAUGCAUGCCGUGCAGCAGAAGGUGUCGGAGGAAAAUGGGGCAAGGAUGCGAGCGGAGAGCCGGGUAGUGGAGGUUGAGAAGCAGUGCUCGAUGCUAGAGUUUGACCUCAAGCAGUCUGUGCAGAAAAUGGAACAGCUGAUGAAGCAGAAGGAGAGACUGGAGGAUGAGGUGAAAAGUCUGCGGAUGCAGGUGGAGCAGGAGUCUAGCAAGCGCCUCCUGGCCCAGAACGACCUGAGAGGCCGCACUCAGGAGGUUGACCGUCUAAGAGGUUCAGAGAAGCAGCUCAAACAGGAGAUCAACACAGCACUAGAGAGCAAACGCUCACUGGAGUUCCAGCUGGCACAGCUGACCAAGCAAUACAGGGGCAACGAAGGACAGAUGAGGGAACUACAGGACCAGCUUGAGGCCGAACAGUAUUUCUCUACGCUUUACAAAACUCAGGUCAAGGAACUGAAAGAGGAGAUUGAGGAAAAGAACCGGCAGGUACAAGAAGCUCAUAAAAAGGUGCAGGAGUUGCACAGUGAAAGGGACUCCCUGUCUGCCCAGCUAGAUCUGACAGUGACCAAGGCUGAGUCAGAGCAGCUGGCCAGGGCGCUUCAGGAGGAGCAGUACUUUGAGCUCAGCCAGGAGAACAAGAAGGCCAUGGCUAGACACAAGCAGGAGAUUGGGGAAAAGGAGUCUACUAUUGCACGGCUUGAGGAAUCUAAUAGAACUCUGACCAAAGAUGUGGAGAACCUCAGCAAGGAUAAGACUGAGUUAGACGAGAAGCUUCAUACUCAGGAGGAAGAAUAUGUGGCUCAGAAGGAAGAGAUUGCAAACACAAUCAAGGCCAACUAUGAGAAGAUCCUCAACACAGAGCGCACACUGAAGACUCAGGCGGUGAACAAGCUGGCAGAGAUCAUGAACCGCAAGGACAUGAAGCUGGACCAGAAGAAAAAGGGCAGUACAGCCGACCUGCGUAAGAAGGAGAAGGAGAACCGCAAACUGCAGCUGGAGCUGAACCAGGAGAAGGAGAAGUUUAACCACAUGGCCAUUAAGUACCAAAAGGAGUUAAGCGAGAUGCAGGCGCAACUGUCUGAGGAGUCCACGUAUCGCAAUGAGCUGCAGAUGCAGCUGGACAGCAAGGAGAGCGACAUCGAGCAGCUUCGGGAGAAACUGAAUGACCUGCAGCUGCGCAUGGACAACUCAAGCGUCACCAGCUUGCAGACAGACGAGACGGACAGCAACAUUGCAGAAUCCAGGCUGGAGGGUUGGCUUUCCAUUCCCAACCGUGCUAAUAUCAAGCGAUAUGGAUGGAAGAAACAGUAUGUGGUGGUGAGCAGCAAGAAGAUUCUGUUCUACAACGAUGAACAAGAUAAAGAACAGUCCAACCCCUCAAUGGUACUUGAUAUCGACAAACUGUUCCAUGUGAGACCAGUCACACAAGGCGAUGUGUACCGAGCUGAGACAGAGGAGAUUCCAAGGAUAUUCCAGAUUCUGUAUGCCAACGAGGGAGAGUGCAGGAAGGAGGCGGACAUGGAGACAGUCCCUCAGGGGGACAAGACCAACUGCCUCCCACACAAAGGCCACGAGUUCAUCCCUACGUUAUAUCACUUCCCUUCCAACUGCGAGGCCUGCGCCAAGCCUCUAUGGCACGUCUUCAAGCCUCCUCCAGCCCUGGAGUGUCGCCGCUGCCACGUCAAGUGCCACAAGGACCACCUCGACAAAAAGGAGGAUGUUAUAGCCCCUUGCAAAGUAAACUACGAUGUGACCUCCGCCCGGGACAUGCUCCUGCUGGCCCUCACCCAAGACGAGCAGAAAAAAUGGAUUGGCCACCUUGGCAAGAAGAUCCCUAAGACCCCACCAUCCACGUUUUCUAGGGCCUCACCUCGUACCAUGUCCACUCGCUCUGGAGCAAACCAGUCCUUCCGUAAGAACCCCAAAAGCAUCACAGGAAAGCCAAGCAGAGCGCAGGCCAGCCUCCAAGCAGCAGACACAACAUCCAGCACUUGUUGACAGCAACUUCAACACAAAGUCUUUAAGUGUCAGACUUUGUCCAACAGUUUUAAACUUGACUAUUUAUUAAUUGUGUCAACGGGUGACUAACAGCAGACACUGUUAUGGGUUGGUUGGUUGACUUCAGGGUUCUUUGCAAUUGACACUUGGGCUUCUGUGUUUUUCUAUUUGGCACCUAAGUGUUGUUGGGUUCAGUAACUAACUAUUAGCCUCAGUACAAUGCUCCUAUGCCAUUUCACCCACAUUAAGGGUUUUGCAUUGUUUCUGUCAAACAUGAUGCAAAGGUGUUAAUGGUGUUGUAAUGUCUGUUAGGGCUGCACGAUAUUAGAAAAAAACUGACAUUGUUAUAUCCUUGUUCCUUUCUGCGAUAAAUAUUGCGAUAUGAAAAAAAUACAGGAUUUCACCAGAUACAUGCAUUGUGUGGUUCAUGUACAAAUAUACAAUUAAAAAUCAUAAUUUUCAUCAUUUGGAUACUUAAAAAGUCUAUCAUCUUCUAACAAAAUAAAACUUCUGCCACAUGUAGUUCAGCCCUCUGUCACCCCUCCACAAAUCAUCUUGGACUACUCCACUUAGGUUUCACUUAUGUGACUCUGACACUGGCAUGUGCAGGUGGAGAGGUCAUUGGGAAAAGCACGAGUCUUUAUAAACUUGGGCGUGUGUGUUGCAGUUGUGUUAUUUACAUGUAUGUAAGAUUAAUCUGCGUAGUGGAAGAUAAACUCCCUCUGGUGUGGCUGAAGAUGGUAAAACUCUCAAACUUAAGUAGCAAACAGAUUAAUCUGUAUGCCGGCAAGAUGUAAGAACAGAUAGAUUUGGAUACUGCAUGUUUUUUGUGUGUGUGUGGUAAGCAUUUCUUACAUUAGAGCAUGGACCAGCCCUUUGACAGUAACUGUGUAACUUUUAACCAGCACCAGGACAGGGUGCUGCUGAUAACGGGAACACACACACUUUAAAAGCUGCCUCGCGUCACUGAAUGCCAGCCUCUAGCAUCCAGGCAACAUUAUCUGUGACAGUAGCUGCGUCUGGUGCUCGUUUACAGGCAGGUGACAGGCAGACUCUGCAUGCACAGCAAACCACUGAUGGAAAGCAUUCUUGAUCAGUUUAUCAAACAAACAAAGCAGGUAGCUCUCACUUUCAGGUUGUGGUUGGUGUCUAGUGGGGCUUUGGAUAUUUGAUGAACUGAUCAACAGCACCUCUUCACGAGAGCACAUAGCAAACUGGUCACUGUGCCAGCAGAGUCUGUGUCACUAGCGACAAACUAUUCAAUAACCUUUAAAUCGGACAAGAUUAUCUUGUAUCAGACAGACUUCUCUUGUAGAUAAGUGAUAGAACAUGAGAACUCUGUGAGUUUUCCUUUUGCAACAAGCAGCAAAAAAGGUGUAUCAUCACCUCUUUGAGCCAAUGUGCCUGAUACAUCAUGCAUCUUGCCAUGUGACUAUUGCGAUGUCAAUGUUGAGACAAUAUAUCGUGCAACUCUAAUGUCUAUAUACCAACUUUUCUGUUCAGUGUUACCUUAAACUGGGUACUAACCUAGCUAGAGAUGUCUUGCCUUCUUUUACUGGACACCUGUCUCUGUUCUUGUUUUUUUUUCCAGCUAACCAUCUGAUCCGUUGGAAUCUUUCUGGACUCUGUAUUUUUCCUCCUCCCUCCUUUACCAUCCUCAAAAAAUGGAGUAACCUGUAUGACAUACAAAAUUCAAUUUGACAAAAAAAAAAUAACCAGCGCUGCAAAAUUGUGACACUUGUCAGAUAUAAGGCAUCAGGGACAUUGAGAGGCCUGUUAUCGCUCCUUCCUUCAGACUCAACAGUCCCCAUCACUGGACAACACACACCUGCAGUUCUCCAUAUCCACCAGAAGAUGGCACACUCAACUUCAACCAAACGAUGGACCUGGACAAGGGAUAGAGAGGGACUUGUGUCAUGGGUACAUAUUCCAUAUAAUCCAACAGAGGGAAGGUAGAAGUGGGUUCUGCUGGGACUCUUGCAUAUGUGGUCGAUGUAAGGUACUGUCGUACAGGAGUUGGCUUAAUCUGCAGUGAGUUGGUGACUCGGGGCUGAAAACAAAUCUAUAUUUUGUAUUUUCUUUCCCCGCCUGAGAGAUACUCUGGCUACAUGCAAGUAUACUUCUGUUUCCAGCUAAGAAAUGACUUUGAUGCCUUCAGCUGAUGGACUCUGGUGGCCUUUUUGCCUCUAUUCUUAUUACUCUGCAAGUAAGUUAUCAGGGUUGGGACAGAGUAUUGGGAAAUGAGUAUUAGAUUUUUUGAGUAUUGAGUGAGGAGCAUGCAAGAUCAUCAUUUAAAUCUAUGCAUUAUUUUUAUUAUUAUAAUAAUUAUUUUUAUUGGUCCAAGCCAUAAGGAAAUUCCAUUGUAAUGGCAUAUAGGAGACCUAAAAUUAAUAGCUUUUUUCUGUGUUCAUUUGGUACAUUGUUUCUGUAAUAUUGUUUUGUUGUUGUUGUUUUUUCUUUUUUUUUUUUCUUGUAUGGUUUAUUUUUUGUAAUGUAUUGCCUUACAUUGAUUCAUAGAUAAAUGGUUCAAAAGGAAAACAUUAAGUUAACAAAUGUAAAACUGCACUGUUUGAAUUGUAAAUUAUUGUAGAAGACUAAACAGGUGUAGCAUUUGGCCCACCUAGUGCCUUAAUGUUUGGAUAAUGAUUUUACUGCCAUAUCUGUUUGUGUUUUUCUCCAAAACAAGACAAAUCUUAACUCUACCAUCAUUUAUUUUUAAAAUUUUGCCACGUCUGUGGUUUUAUCAGAACUUUGCUUCUUCGGUUUGAGUAUAUUAAAUAUAUAAAUAUAUAUAUUAGAUUGCCUCUUUAUGGACACAUUGCAAUAGAGUUAGCGUGUCAAAAUAAAGUGCCCAGACUCCAUUACCAUAUGUCAAAUUUCAGGAUGGUGUACCUAAAUCAAGGCUAAGACCUGUCAGUGACUGCCCUUGUUAACAAUUACAAGUUGGUUUACUAAUAUUAUAAUAUCACAUUAAUGCAGGCUCCACACCGUGUAUAUAAUUAGAGAAACAAGGAUUAUGGGAUACCUCCACAAUAAUCAAAAUAUUUUUGUUUUUUUGUUUUGUUUUUGUUUUUAUUUUUAUUUUUUUUUUAACCUUUUUCUUCAGUUCAAAAAGCACUGGAACUAUGAUCUACUCUUAUUUUGUCUUGGAUGAAUUGCAUGUUUAAUUGCAUUGGAGGCCGCACUGAUGGAUAUGUGUCAAUAAACAUAUCUUUAUCAUCCA